AAGUAGAGGUAUGUUGUGCAGAAGGUGACUUGAUUUCGUGCGUUCAACAAAAAAAAAUCGUUGUUGAUAUGGAUGGUGAAAGUCGCCAGUUGCUGGAGGAUUGUUUCCUUCGGCCAAUAGUUAAUGCCCGUUCCACGAAUGAGCCGAGGCCCCUUGAUUCUGUGAAGGCUCCGGUCAAAUCGGAGUUGCAAGUAGUACGUCUGUCGGAAGGAUCAAAGGCAGAAAUUAUGGACACACUUCGAUUCAUUCGCGGUCAAACAUUUCAACUGAGCCAAAAAUCAAAAUACAAAGAAAUGGGCACACGACUAACGAAAGGAUACUGGGAAGAACGUGGCAAUUUAGUUGUACAAAGUGUAACCGAUGUUCGAAGAAUUGAAAAAUCUGGCUGUGCUGUUACGGAUCGUUCGAAAAUAUUAAAUUUAUCCAAAUUGGAAAGCUUUGGAUUUGACAUAAACCAUUGUGUCGAAGCAUUGGAGCAUUGCAAUGGCGAUAGUGAUGCCGCACUAGAAUUAUUGUACAAACAAUAUUUUCCGUCGAUUUUCAACAAUCAAAAUAAACCACUGCCCGAAAUUAGUGAAAAUGAAGCGAUUGAAAUGCGUGCCGACGAAAUGGAUGCGCUGAAAUCAAUCUACGAAUCGGAUGUUAUCGAAGAGAAAGAACCGAACAAAGUUUGGCUAUUGAAAUUUAAAGUCGAUCAUUUGCUCAUCUACUCGGAAUCCGAACAGAAAAAACGUGCAUUGAUGGAACAAGAGGAGGCAAAGAAGAAACGAUACGGUGCUGGUGCAGCGAAAAAAAUUGAAAAGUGUAAAAAUUUCGCCGUAAAUGGUAAAUGUAAAUACGGUAAUCGUUGUCGAUUUUCACAUGAAAUUGAAGCAAAUAAAACGUCAGCCGAUCCGAAUUUGGACACAAACUGGUUCUUUUUGGAAUUUAGAUUUCCAAAAGGUAAUUUAUAUCCGUAUGAGACGCCAUUGAUUGCGGUUAAAACCAUAUGCCCAGACAUAUCAAAAGUGCUAUGCUUACGAAUAACACGACGGUGUUUGGAAGAAGCUCAAAUUUUGGCAACCGAUGGUAUGCCAAGUGUAUAUACAAUAGGCGAUUUACUUCAAAAUGAACAGGAUAUUAUGGAUUUUUUGAAAAACGAUCGAUACAUAUUUCCCGACCCAAAAAAAUCGGUAUUCAGUGUGGAAGAUGAAAUGGAAAACGAAGUCGAAGAAAUUAAAGAACGACCAUCGCACUAUAAAAAAGGUUCAACCGGCCGAUCGGAAUUUAUACAACUCAAUAGAAAUCAAAUGUUACGCGAUGACCUGAGCUUUUGUCAACUAUUGUCGAAACGACAGACGAGCGGUGCAUACAAAGAAAUGAUGAGCUCAAGAAGAACGCUGCCAGCCUGGCAAAUGUCUGAGAAAAUUCUGAAUGCAAUUGACUCGUCACAGGUGAUUGUGAUCAGUGGUGAAACUGGUUGUGGUAAGUCUACGCAAACGCCACAAUUUAUUUUAGACAAUUAUUUUGCAAGCCUGCAAACAAAAUCGAAAGAUAAAAACGAACCAGUGAAUAUCGUUUGUACCCAGCCAAGAAGACUGAGUGCCAUUGGUGUCGCUGAACGAGUUGCCGCCGAACGAUGUGAGAAAAUUGGCAAUAUUGUGGGUUAUCAAAUUCGUUUGGAAAAUAAAAUAUCGAAAGCAACGCGUCUUACAUUUUGUACGACGGGAAUAUUAUUGCGUCGUCUGCAGGGUGAUCCGAAUUUAUCAACCGUAACGCAUAUUAUUAUCGACGAAGUUCACGAACGCAGCGAAGAGUCCGAUUUUCUUUUGGCCAUUUUAAAAGAUCUAUUGAAACGACGAAAAAAUCUUCGUGUCAUUUUAAUGUCGGCCACAUUGAACGCAUCACUUUUCUCGAAUUAUUUUAGAGGUGCACCGAAUUUAGAUAUUCCCGGUCGCACUUUUCCCGUUGAACAAUUAUUUUUGGAAGAUAUUUUAGAUCGGACUGGCUAUGUACUCGAACCAGACUCACAAUAUUGUCGACGCCUCAAUAAAAGCGAUGAAAAGCAAUUGGUUGACGAAUUGGAAUAUGCCGAUGUAAUAGCAUCAAAUUCAGAACCGCCGAAGAGUAUUCGAGAUGAAAAUUUAGGCUUAGCCGACAUGUAUGCGCGAUACAAAGGCUUUUCACGAGCCGUAUGCAAAACACUAUUCUUAAUGGAACCAAUGAAAAUCAAUUCCGAAUUAAUUGAGGCCAUUCUUCGGUACAUUGUCGAUGUGGAUGUUUCAAAAUGGCCAAAAGAAGGUUCGAUUUUGAUAUUUUUGCCCGGCUUUGCUGAGAUUCAGCAAGUGCACGAUACGCUCAACGAUAGUUCAGUGUUUAGUCCACGGGCUGGAAAAUACAUAAUUGUGCCACUUCAUUCAACGCUGACAAAUGAAGAACAAGCAUUAGUUUUUCGUAAAGCACCGCAUGGAAAACGAAAAAUUGUCCUCUCUACGAAUAUUGCAGAGACAUCUGUGACGAUUGACGACUGUGUUUUCGUCAUUGAUUGCGGUCAAAUGAAAGAGAAACGAUUUGAUCCAAAUCGAAAUAUGGAAUCAUUGGAUUUGGUGUGGGAAUCACGUGCAAAUGCACAACAACGAAAAGGAAGAGCGGGUCGUGUUCGACCCGGUAUCUCUAUACAUUUAUUCACCAGUCAUCGGUUUUAUAAUCACUUUUUAGCCCAACCAAUACCUGAAAUUAAGCGUGUGCCACUCGAACAACUGUUACUACGAAUCAAAACACUUCCAAACUUUUCUGAACUUCGUAUUGAAGAAGUAAUCAGCAACAUCAUGGAGCCGCCGAGUGAAGAAGCCGUCCUGUCUGCGAUAAGGCGUCUUGAAGAUGUUGGCGCUUUUGAUGGAAAAGAUAAUUUAACGGCGUUGGGUGAAAUUUUAGCCACACUACCGGUUGACGUUCGUAUCGGUAAAUUGAUGUUAUUUGGUGCGAUUUUUCAGAGUGUGGACAGCGUACUCACGAUAGCAGCAUGUUUAAGCUAUAAAUCACCAUUUGUAUCGCCGUUCAAUAAACGAAACGAAGCCGAUAAGCGAAAAAAGAGUUUUGCCAUUUGUAAUAGUGAUCAUUUAACGAUUCUUAAAGCAUACAAAAAAUGGUUAGAAGUAAAUAACAAAAGUAAAUACGCUGGUCGAGCUUAUGCUGAUGAGAAUUACUUAUCAUUCAAAACGCUCGAAACAAUCAUCGAAAUAAAGCAUCAAUACUUGGAAUUAUUGGUUUCGUCCGGAUUUGUGCCCACCGACUUGAAUUCACGCCGGCGUAAUGCUCAGCUAAGAGAUAAUAUUCUUGAAUUGAGUGGUCAGAACAUGAACGCCAAUGGUGAAAAUUUUCGAUUACUAUCAUCGCUAUUGUGUGCUGCACUUUAUCCAAAUGUUGUAAAAGUGUUUACACCAGAAAAGAAUUUCACAAUGACAGCAGGCGGAGCAGUGCCGCGUCAACCGUCAGCUAGCGAGUUAAAGUUUAAAACAAGCCAAGAUGGCUAUGUAAAUAUUCAUCCGUCUUCCAUUAACUCAGAAGUGGGUCAUUAUUCAUCGCCAUUUUUGGUCUAUCAGGAAAAAAUAAAAACAUCGAGAAUUUACAUUCGUGAUUGUACGAUGAUUGCCUUAUUACCGUUGAUUUUAUUUUCCGGCCGUAACAUUCGCAUUCAAAUGCACGGCGGUGAAUUUAUACUCAUCAUUGACGACUGGAUUAUCAUGCAAGCCGAAUCACUUGAGGUCGCUGAAAUGAUGAAGUAUCUUCGUGAGGAAUUACUGUCUUUGCUUGAAGAGAAAAUACGUGAUCCAUGCCUGAAUUUAUUGCAUCACGAAAACGGAAAUCGAAUCAUUAAAACAAUUAUCAAUUUAAUUUCAAAGGAUUAACUAUUUAAUUUAUAAAAUCAAAUAUUUUCGGAACGAAUAAUAUAUAUAUAUUUUACAUUGCUUUGUAUAUUUGAAGAAAAAAAAAAUGAACGUUUUAGUUUUUAUUGUAUUUUCGGAACGCACUCUCACAUGUAUCGUACGACAUCUGUCACACAGUUGACACAAGGCAAAAGAAAA